UCGUCGCCCAGCCUGCGCAUCCACUCUCGAGGACUGUGCUGCCACUUCUAGCGCUUCCUGGCCUGCCCGUCGCGUGUCGCGCCACGUCUAUCACCGUCCGGCUGUCGCGCGCGACAAACAACCCGCCCAUAAAGAUCGCAUCAGGACCGCGCCGUGGAUGGACUACUGAUGGCCGUGAUGACAUCAUCUGCCUUCGACACAGCGCCAUUCGAGGGCAAGGCGCCGCCGGUGCUCUCGGAAACGAUGAUUCUGGAUUCUGAAGUCAACGGAAUCGCGCACAAGUACGACGCCCUCUUUGAUGAACCUGAAAUCCCCUCACUCGAUCCGUCAGCGCAGCCUGCCGAACCUGUUCUGGAGGAGCCAGUCGCCAUCAACGGAAACGGAAACCAUGUUCCAGUCGAAGACCAAACAUUAGUGGAGGAUGCGCCGGCUCCCAUCACCGACGUCUCUAGUGGCAUUGCGCCCAUAGCCCAAUUCAUCCCCGAAACCACCACCGAUACGUCUAUCACCACCGCAGUCGAGGCUCCCACCUCAGAUAUCAGGGAGGACACCCGGUCAGUGCCCACUGCUCGAGAGCCGGAGACGGACAUCGUUGGCGCAAGUGCGGGAGAGACAGACCUCGCCCCCCAAUCUGUGGCAGAGCCCGUGAGCAAGCCGCAGACAACCGAUGUUAUGGAUAUAUCGCAGGAGGUGCUUCGAGAAGUCUCUCAGGAGGUCUCAGAGGAUGUUUCGCAGGAAUUCUCGAAAAGCGAUUCUUAUGCGCCUGCUGCGCUCGUCACACAGGACACUGAGAUGGACACUGAGAUGGAUUCAUUCCUCGCACCCGCCACCGAGGUCCUUGAGCCGUCUGGAGAUAUCACCACGCUAAAGGCCGGCACUCAUACACCCAUUGAGGACCAGUUGACAGUGGAGACACAACCCGAAGCUGCACUGGCUGAGAUGUCUUUCACCCAAUCGCCAAUCACGGUCGACCAAGAGAUGACGGAUGUGCCAUCAGCAGGCAAAGUGCGCUCGAGGGAAGAUGAUGACGAAGAGGAGCCGUCAGCGAAACGGACAAAGACGGAUGAAGAGAUGGUGAAUUCCACCGAGUUCAAGAUGCCAGAGGUGCCAGGUCCCAAGGAAAACCAUCCCGCUGAUGGAACAUUGACGAUCGCCGACCAAGCUUCGAUACAGAGAGCUGUCGAUGCGCAACCAUGGCCUCCAGGUCCAAUCAACAAGGCGCAAAACAAGUUCCUGCUUGAGCGCGUCAGGAACACAAAGAAGAUCAAGGUCUCAACCGCAUUCCGGGACCCCGUGGACCCUGUGGCUCUCGGCAUCCCCAACUACCCCGAUUUUGUCAAGAACCCGAUGUCUCUUCAGGACAUGGAAACAAAAUUGAAGACGGAUAAGUAUGCUUCGGUCACAGAGUUCAUGAUGGAUCUCGAUCUCGUCGUCGACAACAGCAUAGCUUUCAACGGCAUUGCUCAUCCGGUUUCUCAAGCAGGUCUCAACAUGCGAGCCUACUUCCUAAAAGGCAUGAUAAAGCUGCCUCGAGACGAAAUCCCUCAACAGCCUGCCCAUAAGAGGCUAAAGAAGCCUGUGGUGUCGACAACAAGCAAGCCACGCCGGGAAUCUCGGGCUGCAGCAAUCCCUGUAGCUUCUCCCGUCGUUGCCACCCCGACGGUCACCUCUCCUCAGAACCUUUUCCCCCUGAAUCAUGAUGGCACGCCUAUCAUUCGACGUGACUCGUCGAAUGCCACUGAUCGACCGAAGCGCGAAAUCCACCGGCCUCCGCCCAAGGAUCUUCCAUAUAAUAGCGUCAAACCUAAGAAGAAGAAGUACCAACUUGAAAUGAAGUUCUGCGAGUCGGUACUCUCUGCGCUGACGAAGCCAAAAUACAAGGCUCUUGCAAUGCCAUUCAUGCAGCCUGUGGACCCCGUGGCGCUGAACAUUCCUAAUUAUCUUCGGAUCAUCAAGAAACCUAUGGAUCUGUCUACUGUCGAGAGAAACUUGAAGGAAGGACUAUAUCAGACCUCAAAAGAAUUCUACUCCGACGUCAAACUGAUAUUCGAUAACUGCUACAAGUUCAACCCGCCUGAGGACGUUGUGCACAAGAUGGGGAAAGACUUCCAGGCUGUAUUCGAGGAACUGUGGGCAGAAAAGAGCGAUUGGCUCGCUAACAACCGUGAAGCGUCACAGCCGCCAUCACCAACAGACUCUGAAGAGGAGGAGGAAGACGACGACGAAGUCGAUGCGCAAACUGCCGAACUGAUGGCUCUUCAGCAGCAAAUGGCGCAACUCAACGAGAAAGCCCAACGACUCAUACAACAAAAAGCCGGAAAGAGGAUGUCCCCGAAGGCUCCUACCAAGAAGGGUUCGAAGAGUUCGGCAAAGCAAGCACCAAAGAGGAAGAGCAGUACUCUUGUGCCCCCUUUGAAACACUCAAAGCAGCGCAGACAGGAAAAGGAACCUGCGCCAUUAAGCUUUGCUCAGAAGCAGGAGAUCUCAGAUGGUAUCAGCACCCUAGGCGAUGUGGAUAUGCGGAAAGCUGUCCAGAUCAUCCGCAACGGUGUCCCUCAUUUGGCCGCCGUCAAUGACGACGAGAUGGAAAUCGAUAUGGACGAGAUCAAUGACGCCACUCUUCGCAAACUCCUAUCAUUCAUCAAAUCCGUCAAGGGUCCAAAAGUCCGCGACGACGAUGAUUUCGCACCCCGAGGACGUGCACCCAAGGCUCCAGCCCCCUCGAAGCCCAAGAAGAACAAGCCCAUGGGCAAGGAAGAACAGGAAAAUAAGAUUAAGCAAAUCAGGCAGCAGCUGCAGAACUUUGAUGCCAACGCCUCCAAUUCUGACCAAUCCCCUCCUGCCGCUCAAAACGAUGACUCUAGUGAGGACGACGAUGAGAGCGGUUCCGAAAGCGAGGAGGAAUAGGCGUCUCUCAUUAUCCUGCUAUGCCAGUUCGGCUGUCAGUUGAUUGCUUAGCCUUCAACACUUGGCCGGCUGUUCAAUCAAUAAUCGAGCGCUAUAACACCGAAAAACAC